AUGUCGCAUUCUAACAAAAAGUCGAUCGCAACGGGGCUGGGCCUGAGUACAGCAUCUCUCGGGGCUAUCGGGAGUCCCUCGUCUUUGGCCGACAUGCAGCAGCAGCAGCGCCAACAUUACCCUGACCAGGCUUCGUUCCAUCACCAACCACAGCAACAAGCUACUCAGCACGUCGCGUCGUCGUCGCAUUCGGGCAGCAAUCGCCUAGUAGCGUCUGCGCCGAUACCAGCAUUCGGCACAUCAGCCAACACUCCCAUAUCACCCCUCGACCAGACGCCAAACAAGAGCGACUUCAACAUCCACCUUCAACAAGCCACGCCAACUCACCCCUCGUCGUCGCAACAACAACAGCACACCAUGUCCAAUCUACCAAACACUCUGCUCCCUGGCGCCUCCUCGACUUCGCGAUCAUCAACCGGCGCGACCACUUACUCGGCUCCGCAGACCAUCCCUACCAUGCCCCCUCCCAUCAACACCAACCAGCAACAGUAUACUCCGCGCCCACCCACCCUCAACUCUCAGCACAGUCACUCGCGUUCAAGUCCUGCUGGCAUGGAUCAAAAGUACAUCGCUUUCUCCACCACUCCCACAAAAGGCUACACAUCUGGCACUCCCUCGUCAAGCCAUUCUCCCCUAGGCCUGGCCGACAUACGCCCUCGCACCAAUUCAGACCUGUUGAACCGUCAUGGCGGUCACUCAACUGCCGUCUACGAAUAUCCUCCCAGCCAGACCAACUGCAGCUACAUGGCUCCUUGGGCCGCCUACUCUUUUGAUUGGUGCAAAUGGCCGGUGCCCAACGGUAACAGCUGUGGUAAAAUGGCCAUUGGCAGCUACCUCGAGGACCCGCAUAAUUUUAUCCAAAUCGUCGACACACAGAUCGCGCCCCAGGACCAGUCGACCAUGGGCGGUCCUGCCUACGGUAUCGACUACGUCAAGGUCGCAGAAGCCACUUGCGCAUAUCCAGUCACUCGUAUCUCGUGGGAGCCACCUUCAUCCUCCAAACAGUCGACCGAUCUUCUCGCUACCUCGGGCGACCACUUGCGCCUGUGGUCCCUUCCCUCAUCCUCGCAGCCCGCCAUGCUGUCCAACAACAUCAAUCGAUCCGCCUCGGUCAACGUCCGCGACCCACCCACCCAGAAAUUGCAGCCUCUCGCUCUACUCUCAAAUUCCAAGACCCCUGAACAUACCGCUCCCUUGACCUCUCUUGACUGGAAUACUCUGUCGCCGAAGCUUAUCAUCACAUCCAGCAUUGACACCACUUGCACCAUCUGGGACAUUCCGACGCUUACUGCGAAAACGCAACUGAUUGCACACGACAAGGAGGUUUUCGAUGUUCGAUUCUGCGCAGGCAGUGUCGACGUUUUUGUCAGUUGUGGCGCUGAUGGAAGUGUACGAAUGUUCGAUUUGCGAAGCCUAGAGCACAGUACCAUCAUCUACGAACCCUCGGAAAAGUCGGACAAGGACAAAGCGGCCAUGCCAGCAUCUCCCACGAAAUCUUCAGCAGCAGGUCUACCUGCGUCUCCCCCUCUUCUCCGUCUUGCUGCUUCACCACACGACGCACAUCUUUUGGCGACUUUCGCCGCAGAGUCCAACAUUGUGCGCAUUCUCGACGCCAGACAACCGGGCACUGCUCUGCUCGAGCUUCGCGGGCACUCAGCAGCACUGAACUCAAUAGAAUGGAACCCCAGCCGGCGAGGCAUGCUUGCCAGUGGUGGUGAUGACAGCCAAGUACUGGUCUGGGAUCUUCUCAAUUCCGGCAAUGGAGCCAGUCUCAACGGCGGUGGUGCUCAAGGGGAAGCUCAAGCGAAGGGUCCCUCGGCAAGCUGGAGAAGCGAUUACGAAGUCAACAAUAUUUCUUGGGCACCGCAGAGCGCUUUGACGGGCCAAGGCGGUGAUUGGUUGGGAGUUUGUGCUGGCAAGGGAGUGUGGGGUGUCAAACUGUAA